CGAGAGCCAAUAGGAGCCGAGCCGCUGGAUUCAAACGGUGCGGGGCGCGGAAGGGGGCAGUUAGUGCGCGAGGCGUCCGUGAGGGAGGAAACUUAGGUCGCUGUUCGUACCGCUGUUCCAGCCCGUGCUGCCGCCCGCCAUGGCCCACAAGCAGAUCUAUUAUUCCGAUAAGUACUCUGACGAGCAGUACGAGUACCGACAUGUGAUGCUGCCACGAGAACUUUCAAAACAAGUGCCAAAAUCUCAUCUGAUGUCUGAAGAAGAGUGGAGACGACUUGGUGUUCAGCAGAGUCUUGGCUGGGUUCACUAUAUGAUCCAUGAGCCAGAACCACAUAUUCUGCUCUUCAGAAGACCACUUCCAAAGGAUGAGCAGAAAUAAGCCGUGGCCUUUUGAAUCUUCUGGAACUAUGUAUAUGAGUGUAUAUAUGUUGGUAGUAUUCAGUGAAUACUUUUAAAUUUACAAAACAUACAUCCAAACCUGUGCAUGAGCUGUAUUAUUCACAGCAACAAAGCUCAGUCAAAUGCAAUUCCAAGCAGGCUGCUAUGAUGUUCAAAGAGUGAUGACUUUAUCUUUUACUGUUAAUGUAAGUGCCUCUGUGACUUAAAUUGUGUUGUUUGUGCUGCAUAUUCUGAUUAACUCAUCACUUGUUAGUGUUCUGUAACUUUUGCACUCAAAUUUUUUGCUGUAGUGUAGUAUGUUCAAAUCCAGUAGUUAAAUUGUUCAGUAGUAAGGAUGCUUAAGAAAUAAACUUCUUGAAUGAAA